UUGUAAUUCAUUCUUUACACCUACUGUUCUGAAUUUUCGCCCGUGAUAGGCUACAACACCAGAAAUGGAGAAUUACAGUCUCCGCGAUGAGGCGGUUCGAGAUCGCGUUCGAGCUGCCACAGAAUUUCUUGAUCCAAGCGAUCAGAGAGCUCGAAGUUAUCGUGCCGAUAUAGUGUUGAUGCUGAAUCGUGGACUACGGCGCCUCACAGUCAGCUUAGAUGAAAUUCGAGCGCAUAGUCGAGAACUUGCCAACGGCCUUGUUACUCAGCCGUUUGAAUAUUCUCAAGCCUUUGAUCAGGCCUUAAGAGAUGUUAUCCAGACUUUGGGCACAGAUUCCACGAGGCUAACGAAAGAGCAAAUCGAAGACACGGCAUGGUAUUGCGCUUACGUUGGCGCAUUUGGCGAGUAUGCCUGCAACCCUCGAACUCUGAGCUCGUCGCAUUUGAACCGCAUGGUCGCGCUCGAGGGAAUUGUGACAAAGUGCUCAUUGGUCAGACCAAAGGUGGUCCGAAGUGUUCACUACAAUCCGAAAAAGGAAAAUUUCCUAGUUAGGGAGUAUCGAGAUCAGACUAUGACUGCGACUGGGGCUACAAGUUUGAAUGUCUAUCCACAAGAAGACGACCAAGGAAACCCGUUGAUUACGGAAUACGGCUAUUGCAAAUAUCGCGACCAUCAAAUGAUUUCUAUUCAAGAAAUGCCGGAAAGAGCUCCAGCUGGUCAGCUUCCUCGAGGCGUCGAUGUGAUACUCGAUGACGAUCUAGUGGACAAAGUGAAACCCGGUGACAGAAUUCAACUUGUUGGAAUAUAUCGGUCUCUAGGAAACCGCAACGCAAGUUCUGGUAGUUCAACGUUCCGCACCGUGAUUCUUGCAAAUAACAUAAUACAUCUCGCGUCAAAGUCCGGCGGUGGAAUUGCACAAGCGACAAUCACCGAUACAGAUAUCCGAAACAUAAAUAAGAUGUCAAAAAAGAAGAAGGUUUUUGACUUACUUUCUCAGUCUCUUGCUCCCAGUAUAUACGGGCAUGACUACAUCAAGAAGGCAAUCUUGUUGAUGUUACUUGGAGGAAUGGAGAAGAACCUUGAUAACGGAACCCAUUUGCGUGGAGACAUUAACAUCCUAAUGGUCGGAGACCCUUCCACUGCUAAAUCCCAACUUCUCCGCUUUGUUCUUAACACGGCACCUUUGGCCAUUGCAACGACUGGUAGAGGUUCUUCCGGUGUUGGUCUUACAGCGGCAGUCACAACCGAUAAGGAAACCGGUGAGCGAAGGCUUGAGGCUGGUGCCAUGGUUCUCGGAGAUAGAGGGGUUGUGUGCAUCGAUGAAUUCGACAAGAUGAGUGAUGUGGAUCGAGUCGCCAUACAUGAAGUCAUGGAACAGCAGACGGUCACCAUAGCCAAGGCUGGCAUCCAUACGACGCUAAAUGCAAGAUGCAGUGUUAUUGCUGCUGCAAAUCCUAUAUAUGGUCAAUAUGACACACAUAAGGACCCGCACAAGAAUAUUGCGUUGCCAGAUUCACUUUUAUCUCGUUUCGACUUACUUUUCGUGGUUACGGACGAUAUCGAGGAUACAAGGGAUCGACUAGUAUCUGAGCACGUCCUACGGAUGCAUCAAUAUCGUCAGCCCGGUACCGAAGAAGGUGCUCCAGUGCGUGAACAAGUUAACAAUACUCUAGGAGUCGGACUUGAAGCCAACGAGAACGCGAAUGUGCCUACAGAAGUUUAUGAGAAGUACAAUGCCAUGUUACAUGCAGGCAUAACGGUAACCUCGGGUCGAGGGGCAGGUAGGAAAGUGGAGGUAGUCAGCCUACCUUUCGUGAAGAAGUAUAUCCAAUAUGCCAAAUCGCGAAUAAAGCCAGUCUUAACCAAAGGCGCUGCCGAUCACAUUGUCACCACAUACUCUGCGCUUCGAAAUGAUGAGUUAACUGGAAACCAGCGAAAGACGUCCCCAAUGACGGCGCGUACUUUGGAAACACUGAUCCGUCUUUCCACAGCCCAUGCAAAAGCUCGUCUUUCCAACAGAGUUGAAGAGAAAGAUGCUAAAAUUGCGGAAUCUAUUCUUAGGUUUGCUUUGUUCAAGGAAGUUGUGGAAGAUGAGAGGCGCAAGCGACGGAAAACGACAAAUUUUCUGGACUCGGACUCGGACUCAAGCGACUCCGAUGAUGAUGCCGAUAAUACUCAGCGAACAACACGAGGAUCAACUGCUACUGCUCCGCGCUCAAGUAGACGUCGUGGCCAGCAGGGCAGAUCUAGAAAUACUCCGGAUGGUGAUGAUGAAGACGAAUACGCGGCCAGCCUUAGCAGCCGCCCGGUUGGCGGCUCUUCCCGACAGACUCGGAGCCAGGCGACCUCUCAACUGGAUUCGCAGAUGUCAAUGGCAUCCUCUCAGCCUGCAUCCCAAUUGCUUCAGACACAGACGGACAGCACAGAAGCUCAAGAAGAGGUUAUUGGAAAAGCUCUAGCGGCCGCGUCUUCAUUACCUCCUUUACCUACAGAACGGCUGAAUGCAUUCCGUUCCGCGUUAGGUCCGCUGAUGAGGUCGGAUCUUUUCCAGGGCGAUUCAGCGAACGUGCAACGUGUAGUGGAAGCCGUGAACUCUUCGAUACGUGCCUCCUCGAGCUCACGGACGAGUGUGUUUGAGCUGGCAGAGGCUUUGCAAGCCUUGAAUGUGAUGAAUGACAGAAACGAGGUUAUGUGA